AUGAAUGAGGAGACACGUGUGUCGUCGAGCAGGGAAGUUCAUCUGGAAACGGUAGCGCGAAAAAUGAAUGUGGAGAAACGUCGAAUUUACGAUAUCGUUAAUGUUAUGGAAGCAUUGGACGCGAUGAGUAAGACGAACAAGUCCUACUACAGAUGGCAUGGAUUGGAGGGUUUACCGAAGCUCAUGGCCGAUCUUCAGAAAGAAGCCAUAGAGGAACAUCUGCCUGAGCGAGUACUCCGUGUUGAACAGGCCAUGUGCUCCUUUACCGAGCUUUCGCCGGGGAGCCGAAAAAUGGGUGUCAAAGAGAUCGUUGGAAGCCUUGUUGGUGAGGACGCAAGCCCAUGCUCAUCCAGUCAAUCGAUAGAUGUGCUCAAUUUAUCACAACACAGCGAGAAACGUAACCGCGUGGACGGCCGCGAUCGGCAAGGUCGAAACUCUCUGGCACAAUUAUGCAGACGUUUUCUUAUGGUGCUACUGAGCAAUCCGAAGAACACAAGACGUGUGAGUUUGGAUGUGGCGAGUACUGUGCUCAUCAAGGAUCCCGAGACCGAAGGUUUCGAGCCGCCCAGUCGAAGUCGCUGCCGACGCCUCUACGAUAUCGCGAAUGUACUGGUCGCACUUGGUCUCAUUAAGAAAGUGCAUUAUCUUUUCGGCACAAAGAAAAUCCCACUGUUUGUCUAUUGCGGUCCCGAGCAGAUGUGGGUUGAGAACUCCAUCUUCGACGUGAACGCGUGCAUUGAACGACUUUUGACGUCAACAAGCAAUGCACCUCUUACGCCUCGAAUGAAGGCGACCACUCGCCUUGAAACAUUCGCUGGCUAUGGGGAACGAGCUUCCGUAGCGCUAACUUCAGUGUCUGCAUCGAAUAAAUGCCUAUCAGAAGACUUCAUGUCACAAGCGUCAUCAUCACUGAUGAUGUUCGCCGAGCUGGCAGCUGAGCGUCUUCGGCAAGAGACGGAGCUUCAUCAGCGGCCAGUGUCGGCGUUCGUUUGGGAACUUCUCCAUGUCACCAUUGAGCUCACCGUUGACUGGUGCCAAGCGAUACACCGUCAAGAUUGGCAACAACUAUCAAAUGUCUACGGUACCGAUCGCCGGGCUUCAGCCAAUUGUUCUACCAACAACGCCUGUCUGGACGACCGCACGCUUUGCCGAUUUCAUGCAAUCGCCAAUGACCCUGCCUCGAAGCGGUCCGCUCAUUCCUCAGCCGGUGGUCAAGCCUCAAAAUGU